AUGGCACCAACUACCCAACGAGUCGAGAAGAGCAAGAAGAUGCACUCUAAAGUGGUGAUUAUCGGGUCAGGACCAGCAGGGCACACGGCCGCAAUCUACCUCGCACGAGCGAAUCUGCAACCUGUCAUGUUUGAGGGUUUUAUGGCCAACGGAUUCGCAGCGGGCGGUCAAUUGACCACCACCACUGACGUGGAGAACUUCCCUGGUUUCCCGUCAGGCAUUCUCGGGCCUGAGCUCAUGGACAAGUUCCGAGAGCAGUCCCUUCGUUUUGGAACAAAGAUCAUUACCGAAACCGUUUCAAAAAUCGACCUUUCUGCCCGCCCCUUCAGGUACUGGCGGGAAGGUCAGGAGGACCAGGAACCUGAGACCGCCGACACUGUCAUCAUCGCCACUGGUGCCAGCGCGAAGCGAUUAGGCCUCAAGGGCGAGGAGACUUACUGGCAGAGCGGUAUCUCUGCCUGCGCUGUUUGUGACGGUGCCGUUCCCAUCUUCAGGAACAAACCUUUGGCUGUCAUUGGUGGUGGAGACUCUGCUGCUGAGGAGGCUACCUACCUCACGAAAUACGGUUCCCAUGUCUACGUCCUCGUCCGACGAGGGGAACUCCGAGCAUCUAAAAUCAUGCAAAAACGUCUCCUCAACAACCCCAAGAUCACCGUCCUAUGGAACACUGUCGCCACUGAAUGCCAGGGCGACGGCGACCUCCUCAACAACCUCAAAAUCAAGAACGUCCUGACCGGCGAAGAACGCGACCUCGCCGUCAACGGCCUCUUCUACGCCAUCGGUCACGAACCCGCCACCGCUCUCGUCCGCAACCAACUCCAGACCGACCCCGACGGCUACAUCAUCACCGUCCCCGGAACCACCCAGACAUCAGUGAAGGGUGUCUUCGCCGCUGGUGAUGUCCAGGACAAACGAUACCGCCAGGCUAUCACCAGUGCUGGAAGCGGCUGCAUGGCCGCCCUCGAGGUGGAAAAACUCAUUGCCGAGGAAGAGGAACUUGGAGAGUAUUAGUCGGGUGGAGUUUAUCGCGAGUCGUUUCCUCGGGUAUACGCUUCUGCCGUCUGUAUUCAGCGAAGUCAGAUGCCUGACGAUUUGAAGUCCGCGGGUUGGGGAAAGUCUGUCCCAAAAUUCCUCGAAUCUAGAAUAUAAUAUGUGCAAAUGUAAAUAAAAUACAUAGAUAGAGGAAUUGAAGAAGAUAAGCUAUCGUCCUGUAUAGACAGACGAUUGCAACAUCAGCACCGUGCACGG